AUGCGUUGCGAUAUUCUAUUCAACACGGCUCUAAGCCUGCUCUUGGCUGCUCGGCUUGCACAGGCAGGCCCGGUGCCCAAAGUAGUGCGAGCCGAAACAUCUAUACCUGAGUCAUCUGCAAUCCCAUCAGGGCCUGAGACUUCUGCUGAACCUGCGGUGCCCACGGCAUCGGCUCCUCGGCCGGUCUUUCAAACUUUGACGGACUCAACAGCCAAUAUCCCCGACUCGCUCGUUUCCAGUACCCCUACUCAGAGUCAAAUCCCGGCCACAACCUCGGUUGAGCAGUUAUCUGUGAUACCCAUUGUGGCUACAACAAAUGCUGAGCAAGGAGGAUCAAGCAUUGUCUCCAGUGCUGCUCCUGAGACGUCUAGCAGUGUCGCGGAUACCUCUAGUACGGUUGCUGUCCCUGCUGCUACUUCUAGCAGUGCUGUGGAAAGCUCUAGUACGGCUGCUGUUCCUGUUGCUACAUCUAACAGUGCUGUAGCAAGCUCCAGUACAGUUGCUGCUCCAAGUACAUCCGGCAGUAUUGGAGAAACCACCAGUACUACGCCUCAGACGUCAACAACGGAAGCUGCAGCGUCUUCAGCUUUGCCACUGAGAAAUGACCAGACUGCUUCUUCUCCAACUAGUACUGAUACAGCUACUAGCAGUACAUCAGAUCCUGUGACGACAUCAGCGACGAGUGCUCCCACAACAGAGGCCACGUCUUCAGCUGUUACCGAACCUCUCACCACUUCGGAGCCUGUGUCUACUACUGGAUCUGCAACUGCAGCUCCUGAGAGCCAGACGACUGCCUCAGGCUCUGGGACUGAUGCUCCAGCCACAAGUUCUAGUCAGACUAGUCAGACGCAGUUGAGCUCGAACGCUGGCAGUACAACAGUCGCAUCUUCCUCUUCCACUACAGAGAGUGCUUCGGCCUCAAAAAUCGAGCUUCCUACUGCUACAGAGAGUGCUUCAGCCUCGCCAACGGAGCCUAGCGCCACUACUGCCAGUUCUAGCACACAUGGUAUCAAUACCAAAAUAACACCCAAUCCUACAAGCGGAGUGAGCAGCUUGACUUCGAGUGCUACAGAGCCUGGAGCUAUCACCACUUCCGCCGAGGUCACGACUUCUGCCUCCGAGGCGCCGACAACCAAAGUUCCAACCAGUGAUGCAACUGCUAGCUCAACAUCAGUCCCAGCUAUUGCCGUUGGUACUCCCAAUGAAGCGAGACCUUUGAGCUCGAAGGCUUCCACUGAUGUUGCGGUACUGCCGGCUUCUACUUCAGCGUCGGAAAUUACACAGCCUGCCAGCUCAACAACGUCUGUUCCCCCAUCUCCUCCCCCAGCCUCGUCUCUCGAAUCCUCCACGAGCCCUGCAACAACAACAACUGCUGUCGCAGCCUCUCCAUCCACAUCGGCCUUGCCUCCGCCCCCAACUUCCGCCGCCUCAACCACACUCCGCACAACAAGAGCUACGGCUACCGUCCAAGUGACCAAGCCCCCCGGCAACGAUAUUCCUAUUCCUACCGCAAUCAACUCUUUCCCUACUGGAACAUCCACUGUUCCAGCUCAAGUCUUUGCAAGCAACUUGGCCCAGGCUCAACAGUACAACAACGUCUUCAAGGACUUGACCCCUCAGUCUACUUGUACUGGAAAUGCAGCUGCUUGUAUUGACGGCCAGUUGGCCAGGUGCAGCUCUAGCGGUACAUACUCGCUCGAGAAAUGUCCUUCUCAGCAAAAGUGCUUUGCCCUGCCGAUGAAUAACGUUGCGGGUGUGAUGGUUGGAUGCCAUGACACAGCCGAUGCGGAAAGUAUUCUUGGUACUACGGGCGGAUCUCAAGGCAGCUCGUCGACCACGACAACGCCGGCCUCUACACCGGCUUCUUCAACACCGGCUUCGGUACCAGUUACGACGUCAGCUGCCCCUGAAACGAGUGCUCCGGUUAGCCCUUCGCCCGUGACUAUUACUACCGUAAUAAUCGUCAGCGAUCUGCCGCCUUUGCCCCCCACUACAUCGGCUCCUUCGUCUGCUCAGUCGACUGCAGUUCCGGCAGCUCCGUCAUCUUCAACUACAGCUCCAGUUGUUCCCUCAUCUCCAGUCGAUGUUGCUCCUCCCUCAUCAUCCACCGCAGAAGCAGUCCCAUCCCCUCCUCCAGUGGCAGACUCUCCUCCCGCAGUAAAGUCGCCUCAACCAACUACUCCUGUACCCGCACCCGCGCCUACACCGACGACCUUCCAAACCGUCAUCGCCACCCCUCACAUCCCCAUCCCCAUCCCCGACAUAAUCACUCCCCCCUCAGCCCCCUCCCACACGCCUACACUGCUGCCCAACCCAACAAGCCUCGUCCUCAUCCCCAUCCCCGACGACGCUGCUCCGACGAUCCAAGCCGUCCCUACCAGCAGCGAUACCAACCCUCGCACUACAGAGACUGUCAAUGGGACUCCCACCGUUUCCGUCUUCUUCACUGUUACGGUCACGCAGAAGGAGAAGGAGACGGAGACUGUCUUUGUCACGGUCACUGCCUGA